UUCCUCCAUCCAGCGGCGGGAGUGAGAUCUCGCGAGAGUUGACGUGCUUGUUGGCCCGCAGAGAGGAAGAAUUGCGGAAGACGGAUCAGGAGGAGGCUAGCGAGCUGAAGCUAAUUAUCCGUCCCGACCAGCAGCCUCCUUGUCGCUUUAAACAUCCGGAACGAAGGUGUCGCCGCAGAGAAGCAGCAGGAUGACCGCCACGCCUUACAACUACUCUUACAUCUUCAAGUACAUCAUCAUUGGUGACAUGGGGGUCGGCAAGUCCUGUCUGCUGCACCAGUUCACCGAGAAGAAAUUCAUGGCGGACUGCCCUCACACCAUCGGGGUGGAGUUCGGCACCCGGAUCAUGGAGGUCCACAGCCAGAAGGUGAAGCUGCAGAUUUGGGACACGGCCGGCCAGGAGCGCUUCAGGGCCGUCACCAGGUCCUACUACAGGGGGGCGGCGGGGGCCCUCAUGGUCUACGACAUCACCAGGAGGAGCACCUACAACCACCUGAGCAGCUGGCUGACAGACGCCAGGAACCUGACCAACCCAAACACGGUGAUCAUUCUGAUCGGCAACAAGGCCGACCUGGAGGCUCAGAGAGACGUGACGUACGAGGAAGCCAAACAGUUUGCCGACGAGAACGGUUUGUUGUUUCUGGAGGCCAGUGCCAAGACAGGCGAGAACGUGGAGGAGGCCUUCCUGGAGGCCGCAAAGAGGAUCUACCAGAACAUUCAGGACGGGAGUCUGGACCUGAACGCCGCAGAGUCCGGGGUCCAGCACAAGCCGUCGGCGCCGCAGGGGGGGCGUCUGAACGCCGACAGCCAGCCGGCCAAAGACAGCUGCAGCUGUUAACCACGAACACGUUCCCGCUGCUGACUGCUCGUUUUAGGAUGGACUGCCCGUGAACUCGACCCCCCCCCCCACAUCCACUCCCACAGCUCGACGGAAGCAUCCGUCCACCGUCGACAACACAUGGAGACCCUCUUUGUCCGACCCAAGACCAGGACCGCGCACUCAUUUGGACUUGGUUUGGUUUUCGGAGCAGACUAACCAUGUGUUCAUUCAUGUUGUCUCACCCUACGUCAAUUUGGUGUGCACUUUUUCUUUAGCUUUCCCCCCCCCCAGCUGGUCGUCUAGAGGUGUUUCACACAACAUAUCAAUAUCUCAAUCCACGAUCGCCCCCUGGUGGACAUCCACUAAAGUGCACAUUAUUUUAAACUUAGGUUUUUUUUUCUUCAAACUUUAUUCCAAGUGAUUUCAUUCCAACCGACCAAUUAAGUGGAAGAAACGUUUUUGACGUUAAAGCAACUUUGUAGCAUUCCAAAUGUAGCGGUUGCUAAGCUAGCCAAGUCCCGUGUGUCGUGUUGAGAGUGAGCCGCCAGGGGGCACUGACGACACUAAAGCGACGGCACUCUUUGCUGCUCUCUGGUUGGUUGACGGCAGCCCCGCCCCCUUGCACCGCUCGUCACGUGCUAGCAAGGAAUCUUAACCCCGGUUUUACUCGGAAACGAGGAAGCCGGGAAAUAAGUUAUUUGUGGGAAAAGUCGGCCUUUGAGGUCGUCGCCUUAACCUUCCCUCGUUGUAGGGGGGGGCAGUGUUGUUUGCAUCAUGGCCCCCAACCCCCACCAAAAACAAUUUUUAUUCAUUUAACGUAAAAACGGUCUUGUCAUGUCAACCAGCAUUUUAACAGCCUGAAGAGGGCGCUGUGAGGCUUCACAUCUUCCUGUAUGUAACAAACAUGACUAUUUAUAUUCUACACGUGUAACCUUCAUUGACGUCUUUGUAAAUAAACUCAAUACGUAUGCCACC